CAAAGCUUAAUCAGUGACGCGUGAAGAUGAAUGUCAAAACCAGCAACUUCACUUUGGUUGAUGGGAUUUCAUUUAUGGUUCCUUUUCAUCCAGCUGGCUGUGUUCCUUCAGUGAGAUUAAAUGCAGCCACCAGAAAUUUAGUUUGGAGAAAGUAGCGGAGAUUUCUUUUUUAUGAUUAAAUUUUAUAAUUUCUUGUGAUAAAUUUCCACUCGUUUUCCGCCAUUGUUAAUUCCACUGCGAGCUCAGCUGCCUGCGGCCUCAUGGCGAAAGAGGUCAACCUUACCCCCUUCAACAGUCCCAGCCCGCUCCUCGCCCACCAGUACGACCAUUCGCCGGCGCCUGCCGCGGCCUAUGGUGGCGCCGCCAACCCGUGCGGGUUUGUCCUCACUUUCACCGAUCUCUCCUACAGCGUGAAGAGGCCCAAGAGGUUCCCCUUCUUCCGGAGCGACCCGGAGGAUGUGUUCCCGGGGACGAGGAUGCUUUUAGACUCCGUCUCCGGGGAAGUGCGGACGGGGGAGAUCUUGGCGGUGCUCGGCGCGAGCGGGUCAGGGAAGACCACACUCAUCGACGCGCUGGCAAACCGGAUCGAGAGGGCCAGCCUUCGAGGAACCAUCGCGGUGAACGGCGAAAGGCUCGAAGGCAGGCUCCUCAGGGCCAUCUCGGCGUACGUGAUGCAGGACGAUCUCAUGUUCCCGAUGCUGACCGUGGAGGAGACGUUGAUGUUCGCGGCCGAGGUCCGGCUGCCGCGUUCCGUCUCCAAGUUCAAGAAGAAGGAGCGCGUGCAGGCGCUGAUCGACCAGCUCGAUCUCCGCUCCGCCGCCAAGACUAUCAUCGGCGACGAGGGCCAUCGCGGCGUGUCGGGCGGGGAGCGCCGCCGAGUCUCCAUCGGCUCCGAUAUCGUCCACGAUCCCGUCCUGCUCUUCCUCGAUGAGCCCACGUCGGGGCUCGACUCCACCAGCGCCUUCAUAGUGGCUCAAGUCUUGCAGAGGAUCGCGCGCAGCGGGAGCAUGGUGAUCAUGUCGGUGCACCAGCCAAGCUACCGGAUUCUCGGCCUCAUCGACCGCCUCAUCUUCCUCUCUCGCGGGCAGACGGUGUACAGCGGGCCGCCCCACGGCCUCACCGAGUUCUUGGCCGCGGCGGGGAGCCCUGUUCCUGAGGGCGGUAAUCCGGCCGAGUUCGCCCUUGACCUCGUCUGCGAGAUGGAGGACACGACCCCGGACGGCGUCAGGCGCCUCGUCGCCUCAAACUCCUUGAAUCACCACGCGCGACCGGCCGCCGUGCCCUGCUUCCCUCUGCAGGAGGCCGUGAGGAACAGCAUCGCGAACGGAAAGCUCGUGUCCGGCGAGAUGAUGUACCGCGGCGUCGCCCCUGCUUCGUACGCGAACCCCAUUUGGGUCGAGGUGCUGGCCAUCACCAAAAGGGCGCUGCUGAACAUGUCGCGUACGCCGGAGAUUAUGGCCUUCCGGAUCGCAGACAUGGUCGUCACCGGCUUCCUCCUCGCCACUAUCUUCUGGCGGCUCCGCGACACCCCCGAGGCCAUGCGCGAGAGAAUUAGCUUCAUCGCCAUCACCAUCACCGCCAUAUUCUUCACCAGCGCCGACACCCUGGCGGUCUUCAUCCAAGAGAAGUACAUCUACUUGCGGGAGACGGCCUUCAACGCCUACCGCUGCUCCUCCUACGUCCUCUCCAACGCCGUCAUCACCUUUCUUCCCCUGGUCAUCCUCGCCAUCACCUUGGUGUCGAUCAUCUACUUCGCCGUGGGUUUGGCCGGAGGCAUAGACGGGUUCGUCUUUUUCUUCUUGACCAUCUUGGCCACCUUCUGGGCUGCCAGCGGAUUCGUGACCUUCAUCUCCGGCGUCCUGUCGCACGUGGUGUUGUGUUACACCAUCUCGGCCGCGGUCUUCUCCUACUUCCUGCUACUCAGCGGCUUCUUCAUCAACCGGAAUCGGAUACCUAGCUACUGGAUUUGGCUCCACUACAUUUCGCUGGUGAAAUACCCGUACGAGGCGUUGAUGACGAACGAGUUCAGCUACGACCUGUCCAAGUGCUUCUCCCGGGGAGUGCAGAUGUUCGAUGGCACCUUGAUGGGGAGCUUGCCGACGGCGAGGAAGGAAGAAGUUCUGGCUGCGAUCGGCCAAGCUUUGGGGAUGAAUAUUGGUAAUGACACUUGCAUAAUCACAGGGUCUGAUGUGCUGCAGUGGCAGAGGGUUGAUCAGCUCGGCAAGUGGAACUCUCUGUCGGUGAUCGUGGCUUGGGGAUUCUUUUUUAGGUUGCUCUUUUAUUUCAGUUUGUUGUGGGGGAGCAGGAGCAAGAGGGAGUAGACUAAGGCAGUAAAGAAAAAGAUUAAUUUAAAAAGAAAAAAAAUGGUUAAUAAAUAAUAAUAAGAGCUAGAAAGUGGGAGCAAUUGUAAUUUAUGCGUUUUAUUUUUUUGUGCCAAGUGUUUUUGUUUUGGUUGACUUUUCUUUUUAAUACGGUGGAAGCUAUUGUGCAGUAGAAGGCGUUAAGUUAUUAUGGAGAUAUUCAUAGUUUGAUGUAAUUAUAACUCAUUUUAAGGCGUAUAAAUUUUUAAUGUGUAUUUAUUUAA